CAUUCACGGUGCUGUCUGACUGCACACUGAAGUCAGAUCUGUGAGCGGAAACGGAAACUAGAGCAACCCGUACGACGCUUCGCGCGUUUGUCCAAGUUGUUGGCGCCAACGACACAAUUCAUUGAGUACUGUCAAAGGCAGGAGCACAUCAGUGAAGCAGUUCUUAUUUCAGUGAAGUUGUCUUUUUGUCUCUAAGUUAGCUCCUCACAGACAUGACGAAGCUCACAGAGGGUGCGAUAGAGGCUCUAUCAAAUGGCACCGGUGGCAAUGACGCAGUGCUUCAGUUGGCGAACAUUCGCAGAAUUGAGGGAGGAAAUGGCCCAGCUCGCUUUCGGGUGAUGAUGAGUGAUGGACGACACACUCUGUCCUCCUUCAUGCUCUCGACUCAGCUGAACCACAUGGCUGAAGAGAACAAACUGGCACCAAACUGCAUCUGCGUACUCAAGAGGCACGUGACUAAUAUACUGAAGGAUGGACGACGGGUUGUAAUCAUUUUGGAAAUUGAUGUCAUCAAGCCUGCUGAAGAUGUACCUGGAAGAAUAGGUGACCCUAUUCCUUACACUGAAGGUCAGAGCAAAGGGCCACAGUCGGUGCCAAACCCUGAAGUCCGCCCACCACUACAGCCACAAAACCGAAAUGAAGUGAACAGAGGUUUCAGUAAAGACUUUGGGAAAAAGGCCCCAUCUGCUAUGCCCAGUACUCCAGGGGGAAGCUCCAAAGUUGUGCCCAUCGCCAGCCUGAAUCCCUACCAGUCCAAGUGGACCAUCCGCGCUCGUGUAACCAACAAGAGCAGCAUCCGCACAUGGAGCAACUCUCGUGGUGACGGCAAACUCUUCUCCAUGGAGAUUGUGGAUGAGAGUGGAGAGAUUCGAGUGACUGGUUUCAACCAAGAGGUGGACAAGUUCUUCAGCCUUAUUGAAGUUGGCAAGGUCUACUAUGUUUCCAAGUGCUCCCUGAAGAUCGCCAACAAGCAGUACACAUCAGUGAAGAAUGACUAUGAGAUGACACUCAAUGGAGAGUCCACUGUCAUUCCCUGUGAGGACAGCUCUGAUGUUCCCAUGGUGCAGUGUGACUUUGUCUCUAUCAGUGACCUGGAAAGCAGAGACAAAGAUGCCAUUGUUGAUGUGAUUGGAAUAUGUAAGGGUGUGGACGAAAUGACGCGCCUCACUACAAAGUCCAACAGAGAAGUGUCCAAGAGGACACUCAGCCUGAUGGACAUGUCUGGGAAGGUGGUGACUGUGACGCUUUGGGGAGAGGAAGCAGAAAAGUUCGAUGGUGCUGGACAGCCCAUCAUAGCUAUCAAGGGGGCGAAGCUUUCAGACUUUGGAGGCCGAUCCCUCUCUGCAUCCUUCAGCAGCACCCUGUUGAUCAACCCAGACAUUCCUGAGGCGUAUAAGCUCAGAGGCUGGUAUGACAAGGAGGGUCACGCCAUGGAAGGACAAUCUCUGACAGAGAUGAAAGGCGGCAGUGGGGGAGGAAACACCAACUGGAAGACGCUGUCUGACGUUAAGACAGAGCACCUGGGACACGGAGACAAGGCAGACUACUACACCUGCAUUGCUACCAUAGUGUUCCUGCGCAAGGAAAACUGCCUUUACCAGGCAUGUCCCAGCCAAGACUGCAACAAAAAGGUGGUAGACCAACAGAAUGGCAUGUUCCGCUGUGAGAAGUGCGACAAAGAGUUCCCCAACUUUAAGUACCGCCUCAUCCUUUCUGCCAACAUUGCAGAUUAUGGAGACAACCAGUGGGUGACUUGCUUCCAGGAGAGUGCAGAGGCCAUCCUGGGCCAGAAUGCAGCUUACCUGGGGCAGCUCAAGGAUUCGAACGAAGCUGCCUUUGACGAGGUCUUCCAGCAAGCAAACUUCAACACUUUUGUCUUCCGCAGCAGGGUGAAGCUAGAAACAUAUAAUGAUGAGUCCAGGAUCAAGGCCACAGUGAUGGAUGUGAAGCCUGUCGACCAUAAGGACUACAGCAAGAGGUUGAUCAUGAACAUAAGGAAACUGGCUGCCCAGUAGAAACUUAUGAUUUAUGCUGUGUUUUCUGUACAGCCAACAAACAGCUCUACACAUAUGACAAGGUUACGUGCUUAUAAAGCAAAUGUGUUUAUCGUCUUGGGUUUUUUUUUGUUUGUUUGUUUGUUUAUUACCUCCCUGUGAAUCCUAGAUGUACUAGUGAUUGAUCGAAAUAAUGACUGCUUUCCUUCUUUUUUGUUUGGGGGAGGAAGAACAGAGUGUGGGGGUCAAUAAGCCACACACAAAGAAAUCACUUUGUCAAAAGUCAGCCAGUUGUCCCUGCAUGUACUGGGCUCAUGUGAGGGUGUUGGCUGCUUUAAGCUGAAGACCAGCACAGAACCCAGCACUCUUUUUCAGUUUCUGAUUUUCACUCAGAAUGGCUGAGCUGGACCUGCACAUCCCUGAUAAGACCGCUUGCUGUCCCUGGAUUUUUUUUUUUUCCUCCCUUGCACUUGCAAACAUAAGCACAUAUACACAGUGCAGACCUAAUGGGAAAUGCAUUCAAUCUAAGUAGAUACAAGGUGCUGCCCAUAUUCUCAGCACCUGUAAGCGUUUUGUGUGUUCUGUAGUCAAGUUUAUUUGUGAUAAUUAACUCUGAGAAUAAAGAUUAUUUGUAAUCGA